UGGAUGACAGACCAGAAGUGAUACACUGAGGAGGAGACAUCUGUCACUGGGCUUUACUUAGUGGAGGAGUCUCUGGCAGCAAUACAUGAGAACUUUGCUGUGGUUUGGAGUUUAAUGACUUCUUGUAUUAUGGUCUAAGUAUACACCUAAGAAAUAAUGUUUCAAGUAAAGACUGGGGACAGCAGUAGUGCGAGCUUUUCAGAAAGUCUCGUCUUAGAUGACUCUGGGGAAGGAGUUGUCAUCACAGGAAUCACAGAUGACACAAUUGCUGCAAAAAGUGGACUGCAAGCUGGGGAUGAGAUUGUUGCAGCCACGAUACAUCUCGACCACCUCAAGAAAAACGAAGUGCUGAACAUUCUGAAGGUCCUCGAGCCGUAUGAAGACAAUGUGAAGGUUCUGACGAAGAAGGACUUGACUACCAAUGCUGGCCUUGGCUCCUUGGGCCUAGGCCUCAGAGACUCUCCAGAGAUGCUCCUAGAGAAGGACCUGUCACUGAAUGCUUCAGCUGAGACACCAGAUGUUUCCCUUGACGGCCUGAGUGGAAAUUUAAAUGCUGCCAAGGGGAUGGGAGGUAAAAUAAAGGGUCCCACUCUCAAUGGAGACCUUCCCAGUCUCAGUCUAGAUAAUUACUCUGCUGAUACUGGGGCCAACUUUGCAGUGUCCCCUGCAGGACCAGAUAUCAAAACAGGUCUAGGUGGAACCCUCACAGCACCUAAUGUCAAUGUCUCAGCUCCCCAGCUCAACACUCCCAGUGCCUCACUUGACAUUGACAAACCAGAAAUCAAGACAGGUAACUUGAAAUACAAGCCCCCCAAGUUUAAAAUGCCACAUUUUAAUUUACCUCAGUUUCAAACACCAAAAGCAGAUAUGGAUGUGUCUGGUGACGUAGAUCUCCCCUCCGUCAGUGGAAAUAUAGAGACGCCAAAUCUUAACCUGUCAGCUCCAAAAGCAGAUCUCGAAUGUCCAGAUUUGGAGCUAAAUGGGCCAAAAUUAGACCUAAAUGGUUCUGGUGUAAAAUUAGACACACCAAACGCUGAGAUUGAGACAACCUCACACAAAAUCAACUGGCCCCAUCUAAAAUGGAAAGGUCCCAAAGUUAAAGCACCUCAUGCCGAUAUGAAUGCUGACCUGUCAACAGCUGAUGCCAGCAUUUCCACACCAAAGAUUGAUGGGAAUCUAAGCACACCAGAUUUUGAUGUAAACUUGCCCACAACUGAAAUCACAAGCCCUGAUCUAGAUGUUCAAACUCCAGAUCUUGACAUUGAUGCCCGUUCUGGCAAAAUCAACUGGCCUCACAAGAAAUGGAAGAAGCCCAAAUUUCAGGGGCCUAAGGCAGACUUAGAUGUAGAUGCAGAUUUAGACACACCUGAUUUCUCAGCCUCAAAGAUUGAGGGUGACAUUAACGUACCAAACGCUGAGCUGAAUCUCCUUAAUGCUGACCUGAGAGGUCCUGAUGUAAAUACUACAGAUGUUAACAUUGAUGCACCUUCAGGAAGAUUUAACUGGCCGCAUCUGAAGUGGAGAAAAAGCAAACUUCACACCCCAAAAGCUGAUGUAGACUGGAAUGCAGAUCUGAGCGCACCAGAUGUUGAUCUUUCAGCCUCAAAAAUUGAUGGUGGGAUUAAGACACCUGAUAUUGAUGUGAAUUUACCCAAAGCCAGUGCUGAUGUUAAAGCACCAGAUGCUGACGUUGAACUCCAUUCUAGCAAGAUCAAAUUCCCAACACUGAAAAAGAACAAGUUCCUGCUUUCUGGGACAAAGGUAAAAGCCCCAGAUGUUGAUGUUGAUGCUGAUGUAGCAGCACCUGACCUCAAAGUGUCAUCACCUGAUGCACCCGGCAUUCAUCUGACAACACCAAAUGUGGACACUGAAGCUCCAUCUGGAAAGUUUAAAUGGUUUUCUGCUAAAAGGCCAAAGUGGUCAGUCUCAGGUCCUAAGGUUGGUGAGACAGAUAUUGAUUUAGAUGCUGAUGUUUCAGGUCCUGACAUGAAUCUCUCAGCUCCAAAGAUUGAUGGUGAAAUAAACUUACCACAAGCUGAACUGGGAAGAGCUAUCGAUUCUCCAGAUGUUGACAUUGAAGGCCACACUGGAAAAUUCAAAUGGCUCAACUUUAAAAAACCCAAAAUUGGUACACUAAAAGGUCCAAAAGCUGACAUUGAUGCUGAUGUGAAGGCGCCAGGUCUUGACCUCAAAGGGCCUGAUGUGGAUGUGAGAGCAGCAGAUGUUAAUCUUUCUGCACCAGAAAUUGCUGGUGGGAUUGAUUCUCCGGAUCUCAAUAUCAGCAUGCCCAAUGCUGAUGUCAAAGGUCCAGAUGUGGAUCUUAAAAGUCCAGAUCUCAACCUUGAUCCACCUGAUGGCAAGAUAAAGUUACCAAAAUUCAAAUUACCAAAGUUCAGAGGGCCAAACGCCAAGGGUCCUGAAUUAGAUGCUAAUUUUACAGCACCAGACAUUGAUACCAGCCUUGACUUACCUGAAGUUGAUCUGGAUCGACAAAAUGUUGCCCUUGAAGCGCCAGAUCUGUCCUUGUCUGCACCAAAAAUUAAAGGCGGACUUGAUGCAACAGAUCUUGACAUUAAUUUACCAAAUGCUGAUCUCAAAGGUCCAGAUGUGGAUCUUAAAAGUCCAGACCUCAACCUUGAUCCACCUGAUGGCAAGAUAAAGUUACCAAAAUUCAAAUUACCAAAAUUCAAAUUACCAAAUGCCAAGGGUCCUGAAUUAGAUGCUAAUUUUACAGCACCAGACAUUGAUACCAGCCUUGACUUACCUGAAGUUGAUCUGGGUCGACAAAAUGUUGCCCUUGAAGCGCCAGAUCUGUCCUUGUCUGCACCAAAAAUUAAAGGCGGACUUGAUGCAACAGAUCUUGACAUUAAUUUACCAAAUGCUGAUAUCAAAGGCCCUGAUCUACCAAAAGCAGACCUCCAGCUACCUAAUCUCAACAUGAAUGCAUCAGACCUCAGCCUGUCUUCACCCAAAAUUGAUGGAAAUGUUUCUGUACCAAACAUAGACACUAAGUUACCAAAAGCUGAACUGGAAGUACCUAAUAUCACAGGAAAAUCUACAGAUGUGGCUGACUUAAAAGGACCUAAUGCACAGUUAAAAACACCUGAUCUAGAUCUUGAGCCACACCUUGGUGACUUUAAAAUGCCCCAUUUCAAACUUCCAAAACUUGAUCUUUCAAGUCCUGAAGUAGAGGUUCCCACUGCUCUUCCUUCAGUUGAGGCUGGAAUUGAGACACCCAGGGUCAACAUAGGCACUCCUACAGCAGAUGCCAACAUCUCUGUUGCUCCAGUAGAUUUGAGUGGAUCAAAGUUAAAAGGGGACAUCGAAGGACCAAAAGCAGAUGUGAAAGUUCCAAAUGUAGAUACCAACCUUGAAAAGCCCAAAUUUCCACAUUUCAAGUUUCCAAAGUUUAACUUGGGGUCUAAGAUGAGAUCUUCAGACGAUGAAACUGAUGUAAAUCUUGAAGAGGGAAGUGGAGCUGACUCUGAAACUGACACUGAGAUGGAGGUUCCGGCAUUCAAAUUCCACAGACUGCCUAGGAACAGUGUUGAUGGCAUUGGAGAAAUUGCUGAUGCUUUUGGCUUAACAAAAUCUGACACAGAUGAAAAGGACUAUGUCAUCAGCAAAGGGAUCCGCCUGCCAAUAGUAAAUGCAACAUCAAAAGCAGGAGAAAAGAUUGAUAUUAUGGAGAGAUUGAAAAUGGCAAGGGAAAAAGCUCCCUCAGCUAAUGUCCCUCCAACUGAAGAGAAAACUGAUAUUGGUCUGAAGUUCAACACCCCCAGUCUUGAUGUUGGGGGCUCUACAGAAACAGGAGAUCCCUCUUUAGUGAGAGUAGAUACUUUCAAAGUAGAAAAGCCAGAGUCUGAGUUGGGCCUGGGAGCCCCUGAAAUUUCUACAUCAGAUGAAAAUGACAAAAUGUCCUUGAGCCUCUCUAAUAUGCUUGGCCUUAAUAUCAAGAAUUGAGAUGCUGACUGAUUCUUGCUAAGGUAACAUGAUAAACUGUCAGUCCAGAAACAUUGUAAAUACAUGUAACUAAACCAGUUCCACUCUUUAGUUUGUCACCAUAAAAGAGAAUUUAACUGCAGAUAAUGCUAGCUACGGUAUUCUUCUUCUAUAAUAACGUAGCCUAUAGACGAAAGCUGUUUUUAUAUACUAUGUGUAUAUUCCUGUUAUUUAUAUGUUUUUUCUUAAACACUGAUGAUUUGGAAAUAUGUUUCUUAUUAAAUGACUGCCUCAGUAUUGCAUGUGAUCACAGUGAGCUGUUAAAGUUUCUGAGAAGUGAAUUACUAUACCUUAAAUAUUUUAAAGGAUAAGUGAGUUGUAUUUGUUUAUUUUUGUUCAAUAAAUCGCUCAGCUAUA